AUGGCAUAUUUGAGAAAUUUUCGUUACAAUGCGGCGGUAUGCAAGACAAAAUGGGAGAGUUCCGGUGGACUUGCAGCCGGAAUUUACGAGUUUAUUGACAUUCUCAGAUUAGAUUCCGCCAAUCGGAUCAUCACUCGUUACUUCGUCGAUCUCGAUUUCGCAGCUGAGUUCGAAAUCGCGAGGCCGACGAAUCAGUAUGGAAAAUUACUACAGUCAUUGCCGAAGGUUUUUGUUAGCAAAAUUGAAGAGUUGAAGCAGAUAUUGAGAGUAAUGAGCGACGCGGCGAGACGGUCGCUGAAAAGCAGAGGCCUUCACAUUCCUCCGUGGAGAAAACACCGGUUCAUGCAGAACAAGUGGCUCGGUUUGUACAAACGGACAACUAAUAUCAUGCCGUCGGCGAACUCGCCGGCGUGGUUAUCUCCGUCAAAGGAUACGAGUGGAAUAAAGUGCAGGACCGUCGGGUUUCACGCUGCCGUCGUGAACGGCGGUCUGUUGUUUCCCGCGACAACCCGUACUAGAUGA